AUGUCACGGCCACAGCUGCAUGGAGAACUGGAAGUGCAAGACGACAUCCCGGUCCCAGAGCCGGAGGGGAGCGAGUUUCUGGUCAAGAUAAGCGCCAACAGCCUGUGCAACAGCGACCUUGCAGGCAUCGCAGGCUACACGGGAUCAACACCGCCGUAUGUGCCUGGACAUGAGCCUGUCGGCCGCAUCGUCAAGCGUGGACCAGCCACCCCGUCGUCCUUUCAAGUGGGCGACCGGGUCGGAUUCAUGCCCGGCUCGCGGGUGUGCUCGUCCUGCCGGUCGUGUUUGCUGGGGAAUCAUCGAUUCUGUAAGUCGCGCACCAACUUUGGCUUCUCCGGCAUGUUUGGAGGCUUUUCGGAGUAUUCGCUGGUGGACCCCGUGUCGGCGGUCAAGAUCCCAGACGGUCUGACGGACGAAGAGGCUGCUCCUCUGCUUUGCGCCGGCGUCACGGCGUACGGGGCGGUCAAGAAGGCCGCUCAGUACCAGACCCCGGGGACACUGCUCAACGUGGUUGGAUGCGGUGGCGUGGGACACCUGGUGAUUCAGUACGCCACCAAGAUGGGCUUCGAUGUCCAGGCCUUUGACGUGGCGGAAGACAAGCUGGAGCUGGCCAAGAAGUGCGGCGCCAAGUUCGCCCUCGACAGCUCGCAGCCGGACGCAGCAGAGGCGGCCGAAAAGGCCGUGUGCACCAUCGUGGUCAGCGGGGUGAGCGCGGCAUAUGACUUUGCCUUCAAGGUAACCAGUCAUCACGGCAAGGUGAUUGCCAUCGGGGUGCCACACAGUCCUACCGCGGUCAACAUUUUGGACCUGGUGCUGCGAGACAUUUCAUUGAUCGCCACCAACCAGGGCACCAAAGACGAGCUUUACUCUUGCUUGCAGCUGGCCGCCGCUCGCGGCAUCAAGCCUAUCUAUGAGAAGCACGACAUCAACACGAUCAAUCAAGGCAUUGCAGACAUGACGGCGGGCAAGAUUGUGGGCAGAUAUGUCUACAGUAUUUGA